CUUUUUCUAUAGGGCCAUUGCUCAAAAUAGAAAUGCUUUGAUGAAAAUGGGUAUCACUCAUGUCUUAAAUGCUGCCCAUUCCAAGCAAGGCAGCAUUGGUGACCAGAGUUAUUACGGCAAUACAAUUGUGUAUUAUGGCAUCCCAGCAGAAGACUCUUCAUCAUUUGAUCUUAGUGUGUACUUUAAACUGGCGGCUGAUUUCAUCCACAAAGCCUUGAGGAAGAAGAACGGAAAAGUGCUUGUUCAUUGCAUCAUGGGAAUGAGUCGGUCUGCCACACUGGUUCUAGCAUACCUUAUGCUGCGUCAGCGUCUUACUCUCCCUACUGCCAUCCAAACAGUUGUACUGCGACGAGCAGUCUAUCCUAACAGGAACUUUUUGAGCCUUCUCCUGGAUUUGGACAUUCAGCUACAUAGAAAGCGAAUGCUGUGUCCUAUUCUCUGACAGAAAAACACAUAUGUCAUGAACACAGAUACACAUGCAUUUAUUUUAUAUAACUAAAGGGUGAGGAGGUAUGUAUAUAUAUAUAUACAGUAUAUAUAUAUAUAUAUACUGUAUAUAGUUUCAUAGUAAAACUUGUGCCUUUCAGGUUUAGUGUAUGUAUAGACCAUCUUUGUACUUUUCCAUACAUUUACAAGGUUAUUAAAUAGUUUAGCUAUAAAACACUUUAAUAUUGAAUGAAAGCUUUAAUAUUUUAACUUAAUUGACAUCUGACAUGUUUUCAGUCAUAUUAACAUGGGUGACUUUAAUGUACAAUGUAGUGUAAAUAAAGUAAAUGAGAAUGUUUCUUUUUUAUGAAAGUCUAUAUGAUAUAUUCAGUUUGCAGCUCUAUGAACCACAGCACACAAGUGCCACAUGCUCCUCACACUGUAAAUAAUAUUUAACAGUGGGGUCAGUAUUCAGCGUAGAAUACCAAAUUAAGCAGUAUUAAAUGAUUGAAUUGUGGUUUAUUAUUCAGCUGCAGAGAAAACCCUCACUGUGAGCAGUAUUAGCUUUUACAUUGCUUUUGGCAGCCACAUUUGGAGAAAUAUGCAGGCCAAGCACAACACUCUUCUGUUGACUCAAUCCUAAAAGCCUUGUUUAAAUGACUGAGCAGCAUUCGCUGAUGUGAUUUUAAUGCACCUUUUUGUUUUAAUAGCAGAAUAAUGUGUUUCAUUCAGCUCAUUGAUUCACAGAAGUUCCUUUGUUAUCUUGGAGAAUAUUUAAUGGUGUAUAAAUGCACAGUUUUGUUAAAUGCACUGUAUACUUACAUUUAAUUGCACAUUAGACUCAAUUGACUAUGAGCAGGAUGAAUAUUGAAUUUAUUACACUGUUAGAUAUAUCUGCCUACGUUAAGUAUUUUUGAAAGUUUAAUAACUGCACUAGUGGAUUUACAUUCAGAUGUUUCAUACAAACAAGG